ACUAUUUGAUGUUCAUUUUUUUAGAAUUCUAAGCCAAGUUUAAUUUCCCAACUACCAAGAAAUAUUUUUGCGCAGUAAAUCUUUGUCAUUUGUACACCAAGAAAUAUGAGUUUUGAUGAAAGCUUUGAUUCAGAUGAUGAAAAUGAACCAAAAGAAAUUGAUUCUCUUUUAAAAACUGCUUUAACAUUUAGUCCUGAUUAUGAUAUUAAAAGCUAUAAUCCUGCAACAGCCGUUCCAAUGUGUGGGGAUGAUUUUCUACAGUAUGUUAUGUAUGAAUCUUCAAAAUGUGAUAAAGUAGUUACAGCAAAUUUAGAUAAAUUGAAACUGAAGAAUGUGGAGAGAAAUGAAGUGGUUGGCAAUGAUAUUUCAGAAGAAUUUUUAGUACAUACCCCACAAUGUUUAAUACCAUCAUUAGAAUGGCAAAAUGAUCAAAUAAAUUUGUUCAAUAAAUUACGCGAACGGCUAGAAUAUUUACGAAAUAAUUAUGAUGAAGAAGCGACACCGAAAAAUAAACGUAAAAAUGUGGAAUGGUCAGUUGUGAAUUGUGAGAAAUAUCAACCAUCUCUAUCGGAAGCAAUUCGUAUUCGACAACAAAAAGUCAUUGGUUUUGUAUAUCAUUUAGUUAAGUUAUUCGAAGACUUACCAACAGACGGCUCUAGUAUCCCACAUCAUCUUGGUGCAUGGAUGUAUACUGCUCUAGCAUUAUUGCCUAUACCAUUAUUACCAGACACAUGUUCGUCACUACGCCAGCUCGCACGUAAAUGUAUUCAAUUGAGAGCUGUAUUACCGGUAGAGAAUGAAGAUAUUAAUGGAAAAGUUGAACCUUUGAAUUUGUUCAUAUGUUUAGUUGCACGAUAUUUUAAUCAAGUUGAUUUAGCAGAUAAGGUUUAGUAAUAGUUUUUUGUAAUUAUUUUAU